CCCGCCUGCGCACCAAGAUGGCGGCGCGGUGGUGGCGGCGCGUCCUGCGCGGGCUCUGCGGGGCCGCGCUCUUCCUGUCACAGCUCUCCGUCCUCUCGGGCCGCGCGGGAUCUUUGAUGACAACAAAGCUUACACAGCCACAGUCUACGCUGGCAAAAAGCCUAGCUUCAACAAGUACAAAUGCUCCCUAUUUUAAAUCAUUAGAAAGUACAGAAAUUCCACCUUAUGUGACUAAUUGUCCCAGCAACGGGCUUUGCAGUAGAUUGCCACCAGACUGCAUGACAUGUAACACAAACUAUUCCUGUAUUUAUGGGAAGACGGCAACUUUUGAUUGCAGAGUGAAGCCACACGUUCAUUGUGUUGAUGAGAAUAACCAAGAGCAGGAGAACUUUACAAUUAACAUGACGUGCCAGUUUUGCUGGCAGCUUGCCACAAGUGAUUAUGUCUGUACCAAUUCCACAAACUGCAUGACAGUUUCCUGCCCUCGACAACGAUACAAUGCAACUUGCACAGUCCGGGAUCACAUUCAUUGUCUAGGUAACCGUGUGUUUCCUAAGAUGCUCUAUUGCAACUGGACUGGAGGUUAUAAGUGGUCUACUGCCUUGGCAUUAAGCAUCACCCUUGGUGGAUUUGGUGCCGAUCGUUUCUAUUUGGGGCAGUGGCGGGAAGGUCUGGGAAAACUCUUCAGCUUCGGUGGACUUGGAAUAUGGACGCUAAUUGAUGUGCUGCUAAUAGGUGUUGGCUAUGUGGGACCUGCAGAUGGAUCUCUCUAUAUUUAAAUGUGGGUGCGAGGUGUUUCAGAGCGGAGUCGUUGCCUGCAAAGGGCUCUAAAUAAGUGAGUGUGGAGGUUUGAGCCUUUAAGGUAGAAUGGAGAACAACUGUUCUAUGUGCAUACAUUUUAAUGUACAGUAUCUGUACUUGAUUUGCCUUUAACUAAGGUCAAAUAAAAGACUGGAUCACUGA